CCUCGGAGUGUCCGCGCUGCUCGGAAGUUGAGCUGGAAGUUGAGCUCAGGUGUGUCUCGGUGCGAUGAGUGGACUCACAGUUCCUGCCGACUUCUCAGGACACAUGCUGGACCUGGACGAGGACGAAGACCUGGAGGUUUUCAGCAAGAAUACCUCCCUGGCAGAUGGAAGCCCCAUGCCCAACUCUCCCAGUUCCCUGGUCAACCAGUACAGACUGGAGGACGAUGACGAGGGGCAAAAGGAUGCCAACACUAAAGACAUCUUCAUCACCGUCGACAACCCGGAGAGCCAAGUGACCGCAAUCGAGACUUUCAUCAUGUACAGAGUCGUGACCAGGACCACGCGGAGUGAGUUUGACUCCAGUGAGUAUGAAGUACGCCGACGCUACCAGGACUUCCUGUGGCUACGAAGCAGGCUGGAAGACAACCACCCAACACUUAUCGUCCACCCUCUCCCGGAGAAGUUUGUUAUGAAAGGCAUGGUGGAGCGCUUCAACGAGGACUUCAUCGAGACGAGGAGGAAAGCCCUGCACCGCUUUCUCAACAAGAUCUCUGAGCACCCCAUCCUGUCCUACAGCCAGCACUUCAAAGUCUUCCUUACUGCACAGGAUCUGGCAUCUCACAAGAAACAGGGACCGGGCUUCCUGAGCAGGAUGGGAGAGACGGUGAGAGCGGUGGCCAACUCGGUACGAGGCCUGAGGAGCCGGCCAGAGGAGUUCGCUGUGAUGCAGGAGUACGUGGAGGACUUCAGUAACAAGAUGUGCUCCAUGGACAAAGUCACCCAGAGGAUCGUCAAGGAGCAGAGAGAGUACCUGGAGGAGCUGAAGCAGUACAGCCCCACCUACGCUCAGUGGGCGGAUUUAGAGGAGGAGCUUGCAGACCCGUUGAAGGGCGUGGUCAGCUGUGUGGUGCAGUGCAGUAAGGAAUCAGAAGAGCAGAUCCACCAUCUGUCUGAGGUCCUGGUCCCUGCCCUGCACGAGUAUGUCCUCUGUGCUGAGACGCUGAAGGCUGUGAUGAGACGGAGAGACAACAUCCAGGCUGAGUUUGAAGCCAAGAACGAGGCUCUGCUGUCCAGAAAAGUCGACCAGGAAGCGCUUCAAGAGGAGGUGGAUGGCCUGGCAGAUCGGAUGGAGCAGGCCAACAACACCUUGAAGGGAGACUGGUCCCGCUGGCAGCACAGCAUGAGAACUGACCUCAGAUCUGUCUUUAUUUCCACCGCAGAGAAGAAUGUGGAGUACUACGAGAAGGUGAGACAGAGAGAGAUCAGUGCUUCAGACAAUCAGUGUGAUUAG